GAGUUUUGCUGGUUUAAAAAACCGUAUCUUUACAGGCGAGUUUCUUUGUGGUCACUGUGGUAAAACGUUUUGUCAUGCAGCGUCGCUUAAUCGACAUCGCCUGAAUUUCCAUGGCGACGAUCAGCAUUGUCAACUUUGUGAUGCGAAAAUUCCCGGUGCGUUGCCACACGAGACCGUUCGUCGUCACAUGGGCGUACAUCAUGCCAUUAAUCGAGUUUUCACCUGUGGCUGCUGCAAUUGGACUUUUCCCGAUAAAAAAGAGCUACACGCUCACAAUAACAGCAUGAUGCGUACAGGGCAACCAGGAGACGCCAAGGCCAUCGCAAUCAGCAGCAGACCACCUGGUAUGAUAUUUUUUUUCACGUGUUUUCUCUGUUGGAAGGCUGUGGUUUUAUCUGUACGACGUAAUUUCGUGACUAACAGUUGGUAA